CUCCUGGCAGCGUGUUCCUCUGUUCCCGACUUCCUUGUUUCCUGCUUAGGUGGUCGGCGCCGGCUUCUCCCGGCGUGCGGUGGCCGCCUGGGUCUCGGGGCGCUCGGCUCCCAGCCCUUCUUCUCCCGGGCCCUCUGCUCUGGCUGCCACGCCUCCGCUGGCGGCAGGCUCAUGGCCGAACGCGGGGAGCUCGAUCUGACGGGCGCCAAGCAGAACACGGGCGUGUGGCUGGUCAAGGUUCCUAAAUAUUUAUCACAGCAAUGGGCUAAAGCCCCUGGAAGAGGUGAAGUUGGAAAACUACGGAUUGCCAAGACUCAAGGAAGAACUGAGGUAUCAUUUACUCUGAAUGAGGAUCUUGCAAAUAUUCAUGAUAUUGGAGGGAAACCGGCUUCUGUCAGUGCUCCUAGAGAACAUCCAUUUGUCUUGCAAAGUGUUGGAGGACAAACAUUAACAGUGUUUACUGAGAGCUCAUCAGAUAAACUGUCAUUGGAAGGAAUAGUGGUACAGAGAGCCGAAUGCCGACCUGCUGCCAGUGAAAACUACAUGAGAUUAAAGAGAUUGCAAAUAGAAGAAUCUUCCAAACCCGUAAGGCUAUCACAACAACUAGACAAAGUUGUAACAACAAACUACAAGCCUGUUGCUAAUCAUCAAUACAAUAUUGAAUAUGAAAGGAAAAAAAAAGAAGACGGAAAGCGAGCUCGGGCUGACAAACAGCAUGUUCUCGACAUGCUGUUCUCAGCCUUCGAGAAACAUCAGUAUUAUAAUCUUAAGGAUUUGGUGGACAUCACAAAACAGCCUGUGGGAUACCUGAAAGAAAUCUUGAAAGAAAUCGGUAUUCAGAAUGUCAAAGGGAUCCACAAAAACACAUGGGAGCUGAAGCCGGAGUACAGACAUUACCAAGGAGAAGAAAAGAGUGACUGAGGACUUCCCCAGGGUGCUGAUGAGCAACUCAAGAGAGCGAUGCUGAGCAGGAAGUGUCCAGAUCUGUGCUUGAGCACUGUGUAAAUAGGAAUAAAAUGACUGGUACUCUCAUUUCUCCCAGUAAAUUUUUUAAUGUUUAUAAUUCUAUAAUGUUUCUUAAGUGUUUUUAAAUGUUAAAUUUUAAAGUGUAGCAUUAAGAAAUAUUUCCUGAAUGAAAAUUCUGACCUUCCUGCAUCUCUGAGAGACUCAGGUAAUACACAUCUGAAGUGUAUAAUACAGUAAGGAACAAAAGAUCAACAACAGAAACUUUAAAGAGCCAAAGUCCCCUUCUGUGGAACUGUUGAAGAACAAAACUGUUUCACAUUGAAAAAUACAGAAAUAAAGGAGAAUUUUCAACUAGCA